GGCGGCUGUCGCGGGGACCAGAGGCAGAAGCGGCGGCGUCGGUGGCGGGCACUGCGUCGGGGAGGCGCGGCGGCAGGACGCGAGCCCGGCAAGCUGCAGCCAGCUAGGUCUUGACUCUGCUAUCCAGGACUCCCCAUGUGGUUUUGAGCUUGGACCUCGACAGCACAAGGACAUGGAGCUCAGCGGCAUGUAACAAAGCAUAUGGACAGGUCCACAUCCUGGCAUUUAGGUGCUAAGAGAUGGUGCUUGUGGGGUUCAUCUCUGCCUGAGAAUCAGGUGCUCCAGGUGCUGGAAAAGCCAACUCUGAUCCUGGGCUCCCUGCUUGAACAAGCCUUCACUUCCAGCCACUCCAGUCCAACGACCAAACAACCGAUUUUCUCUUAAUGAUGGGUAUUGGUAAGAACACUACGUCCAAAUCCAUGGAGGCUGGGAGUUCAACUGAAGGCAAAUAUGAAGACGAAGCAAAGCACCCCGCUUUCUUCACUCUUCCGGUGGUGAUGAAUGGAGGUGCCACGUCUAGUGGUGAACAGGACAAUGAAGACACGGAGCUCAUGGCAAUCUACACAACAGAAAAUGGCAUCGCGGAAAAGAGCUCUCUGGCCGAGACGUUGGAUAGCACCGGCAGUCUAGAUCCCCAGAGAUCGGACAUGAUUUACACCAUAGAGGACGUUCCUCCCUGGUACCUGUGCAUAUUUUUGGGGCUGCAGCACUAUCUGACUUGCUUCAGUGGUACGAUCGCGGUGCCCUUCCUGCUGGCUGAUGCCAUGUGUGUGGGGUAUGACCAGUGGGCCACCAGCCAGCUCAUUGGGACCAUUUUCUUCUGUGUGGGAAUCACAACUUUGCUGCAGACAACGUUUGGAUGCAGGUUACCCCUGUUUCAGGCCAGUGCUUUUGCAUUUCUGGCCCCUGCUCGAGCCAUCCUGUCUUUAGAUAAAUGGAAAUGUAACACCACAGAUGUUUCAGUUGCCAACGGAACGACGGAACUGUUACACACAGAGCACAUCUGGUAUCCCCGGAUACGCGAGAUCCAGGGGGCCAUCAUCAUGUCCUCACUGAUAGAAGUGGUCAUUGGCUUCCUGGGCCUGCCUGGCGCUCUGCUAAAAUACAUUGGCCCCCUGACCAUUACCCCCACAGUGGCCCUCAUUGGCCUGUCCGGUUUCCAGGCGGCGGGAGAGAGAGCUGGGAAGCACUGGGGCAUCGCCAUGCUGACAAUUUUCCUAGUAUUACUGUUUUCUCAAUAUGCCAGAAAUGUUAAAUUUCCUCUCCCAAUUUACAAAUCCAAGAAAGGAUGGACUGCAUACAAGUUGCAGCUUUUCAAAAUGUUCCCUAUCAUCCUGGCCAUUCUUGUGUCCUGGCUGCUCUGCUUCAUCUUCACAGUGACAGAUGUCUUUCCUCCUGACAGUACCAAGUAUGGCUUCUAUGCUCGGACAGAUGCCAGGCAGGGUGUGCUUCUGGUAGCCCCGUGGUUUAAGGUCCCAUAUCCAUUUCAGUGGGGGCUGCCCACCAUCUCCGCAGCUGGUGUCAUUGGCAUGCUCAGCGCUGUUGUCGCCAGUAUUAUCGAGUCUAUCGGGGACUACUAUGCCUGUGCAAGGCUGUCCUGUGCACCGCCGCCUCCCAUCCAUGCAAUAAACAGGGGGAUUUUCGUGGAGGGUCUCUCCUGUGUUCUCGAUGGCAUAUUUGGUACUGGGAAUGGCUCUACUUCAUCCAGUCCCAACAUUGGAGUUUUGGGAAUUACUAAGGUCGGCAGCCGCCGGGUGAUCCAGUAUGGGGCCGCCCUCAUGCUCGCCCUGGGCAUGAUUGGGAAGUUCAGCGCCCUCUUCGCCUCCCUUCCAGAUCCUGUGCUUGGUGCUCUCUUCUGUACCCUCUUCGGAAUGAUCACAGCUGUUGGACUCUCUAACCUGCAGUUCAUUGAUUUAAAUUCUUCCCGGAACCUCUUUGUGCUUGGAUUUUCAAUCUUCUUUGGGCUGGUUCUUCCGAGUUACCUCCGACAGAACCCUCUUGUCACAGGGAUAACAGGAGUUGAUCAAGUGCUGAACGUUCUUCUCACCACUGCGAUGUUUGUAGGAGGCUGUGUGGCUUUUAUUUUGGAUAACACCAUCCCAGGUACUCUGGAGGAAAGAGGAAUCCGGAAGUGGAAGAAGGGCGUGGGCAAAGGGAGCAAGUCACUUGAUGGCAUGGAAUCCUACGAUUUGCCAUUUGGCAUGAACAUUAUUAAAAAGUACAGAUGCUUCAGCUACUUACCCAUCAGCCCAACCUUCGUGGGCUACACGUGGAAAGGCUUUGGGAAGAGCGCAAACAGCCGCAGUUCAGACGAGGACUCGCAGGCCACAGUAUAGCUGUAGCUUGCCCUGUGGCCCGGCCGCAGUGAGGCAUGAGUCUGUAGUUCCUUGCUGAGUAACAAGCAGUAACAUAUAUGUUUGUAUAUCUGCAUUUACAUUCUGCACCCCAGAGCUAAGACAGAUUGCAAAUAGCUUUUUUUGUUGUGGGUGGUGAUUGUGUCUAAUACGGUGUCUCACCUAUCUCCUUAUUUAAGCCCUGACCCCUUGCCCUUGAGAGUGUCCACUGCUGGCUGUGGUCACUGAACUUGAAGUUCCUGCCCUCUUGUGGGAGUAGAUGUUUGAAAUCCACAGCGAUUCUUUGUUUUCAGUCUCCCUUCCCCACCCCAUGCUUGCUUUCUUACAAGCCUCCAGGGUCUGGGGGCUUUCUGUCCUGGAAGCACCUGGACUUGCUUGGUAUAUUUUAAAUUAAAAAAUUUUUUUUUUAAUUUGACCUCAGCCUGAACCACAGAGGCCUCCUGUGGUCAAGGGGCACCAGUGUCCUUGCAUUGUCACAACUGGUCAAAUGUGAUUCUGUGUUCACAGAUUCUCCUGUGGGAGGAGGCUAUUGCCCUGAUUGCAGACAGUGACACGGCCACCCUGUGCCCCGAUCCGUGCAGGGGUGGGGUCUGCACACGCAGUGUCAGAAUGGGAGUUUGUCUGGGGGGCUGGAGGGGAGGGAAAGUACCUAGAAGUCAGUAUCUGAUUCUCAGCUGCUCCAUCUCGGUGCCACCCUGGCCCAGGCUGGGCCAGCGCAUUUCACACUGGCCUCUUUUUCACUAGUAGCUGAGACAGUCUGUCUUACUCCUGCGGUGUGACAGCUAUAGAGUGCCAUGCAGGGGCACCACGCAGGUGUUCAUGGGAGUCUUGACUCUCCACUCUCCUGUCAUGUGGGUGUCAGUUUUUGUCACCUGUGUCUAUAAAUACAAGCUUUUAUUCCUAUUUGAUGUUACUGACUAUAGCAGAUUUUUGAAAUCAGUGUUUUUCCACGUGACCCUCUUACCUUGCAUCCCUAUUACUUGUGUCCCACUGCUCCCUCCCAUUAAAGAAAGAACCAGCAUUUGUAAAGCUGUGGACACCAUCAGGGAAGCUUGUUGUCAUGGCUUUUGAAGGCCAGUAACCAUUGUUGUGGUUGUGUUUUGUAUUGCUUGAUACCAUGAAAGUGUAAAUACUGUAAUGCUUAAUCUAUUUAUCAAAACUGACUACUGGACCAGAGCCCAGAAACCGCAGGUUACGUUACAUGUGAAUUUGUUUUGUGAAGCAGGGAAGCCGGGGCAGGCAACAAACAGCUGCCUUAUUGAGUGGUCCGGCACACUGGGAAAAGCAUCACCGCAAUUCUGUUGCUAGUCAUCUCUGGCAAUUACGGCUUAAGGAGACUGUCUGUGGUUGCCGUGUUGCAUCCCCACUGGGUCUUGGUUUUGCAGAGGGGAAGAUUAGAUCCCCUGGCCAAAUGCCGCCGUUCUUGUUUAAGUUAUUGCAGAAGGUAGUGGUGAGGAAGGCAGCCAGCAGGUCCCCUCUGUUGAGUUCUAAUUAAAUAACACUAAAUUCUUCCUGGGAGAAAAAUAAAAAGACUUCUGUCGAAUUUGGUUUGAAAUUUCUUCCGCCAAAGGAAAAGCCUGAGGCAUAAAAGUAGAGACCUUGCUUCAUGAGGUCGUGCUUCCUAAGUGUUCGUUGACCUGGUUGAGCCUUGGAUGGCAGAGGGUGCUGCCGUCUCCAACCGCAGCGUGUGGUUCUGGUUCUCCGUGGCCUGUGCCCACGGAGUGCGUUUCCACUCCCGAAGCUGCCUCUGCUCCUUCGAGCUGGGAUGUCUUUGGCGGUGUUGUGUCACUACAGCUCCUCCACUCCUGGGAAGUUUGGGGCUUCAAGGCUUGUUCUGGCAAAAACACUUCAUUGUUUUGCCAAAAUCUUAUUGCAGGUUAAGUAAAGAAUUUAGAUUGUAUUAAUUUUGUAUGUUACUUUUUCUUGAAGUGUAUUUGAUGGUAGUUGCUUUUGGAGCACAGUGGUUAACGAGUUUCAUCCUUUUAACUUGGUAAGCCCUCGAGGCUGACAGCCUUCUGAGUUGCUCUUUAGUUCCUUCUAUUUGUAUUUUUACUCAGCAUCUACAAUUUCUCAGCUUUGAGAAAUGGGGAAAACUAUUACACAUCCCAACGAUUUGCAGUAUUCUAGCUCUGGAGGUGAGCAGAAGGACCCAAAUACCCAGAUAAAAGCAUCUGAACCAUCAGUAAUUCAGGAACAAUUAAGUUCCCUUCAACUUAACGUGACUGCUCAUCUUCUGCCCAGUGGGUAACACUCGGGGUAUGUGUUUCAAGUGUCCAGAAACCCACUCCCUUCUGAAACCCCUCCUUGGGUCGGGUUUUAUUGGGAGGUUUCAAAUCUGCUGGUCCAAGGGGUGUCCACAGGCAUUCGUGUGUGGAGGGAGGACCUGUACCCACAUUGCCUGUUGCAAAGGGUUUUUGCCCUUCCCGUUCCAUUGGGGCCAGUUGAGAGUCUCUGUCCGAGGGAGGGAGGAAGGAGGGGAGGGGUGGGGAUGGGAGGUGGGGAAGAAGAAGGAGGGCAGCCUGACUGGAGGCCCCAUUGAGUCUGGUACUUUCCGCACAGCCUGUGAAAUUCACUUGCUCGAGCGAUUGGAGCCUCAGGUUAAGUAAUAAAUCUUGCACAUGCAGCCACACCAACUAUUUUACAUUUUAAGAAGCGGUCCUUCUGCUAGCAAAUAUGCAAAAGAAUGAGUCUAAUUGAAAGAAAAGGUAUUCAUCUGCUUCUUGGGUUUAACCACAUGAGCUGCAGGGGAGGUUCAGGGGGCCCAGCAUGGCCUUGCAUGGUCUGUCCUUGUGAACCUCCCACUUACGCUGUUGGCUGGCCCUGCUGGGGCUGCACACCUGCUUGCUUUGUUGGGCCAUUAGAAUGUUUUAAAAUAUUUUAUAUGUGAAUGUCCUUGGGCGGGGCAUUUAGUCUCCACUUUCCACAGUGACCACCUACCCACAUCGUCACAUUUACAUGAGCCAUCCUGACAUAAGUACGCAGAAAGUAUUUAUAAGAACAGUGGAUGCUGCCAUAUCCUAGUGAAGUGGGUAAUGGAGACCCCACCACUGGUUUUAAUAAAAUACCAAACACGGUUCAUAGAAUAAUGGGAAGUAGCUCCAGCCUCUGUAAGCAAUUUUCUUUCUCAUUCUCAUUAGGGAAUUAAACUUAGAUUCAUUGGUACUGAAUCUGAGUACCCUUAGAAGGCAUCAAAUGUACCUCGUAGUGAGUUUCUUGUGAUUCAUCAGAACAAGAGAAAUGGCUUAACCAGGUCAGCUAGAAUGAAGCAUCAUGGGUCCUGACGGUUUCUCAUUUUCAUGGCAACAAAUUCACACACAGGAUUUGCUUUAUACUGUAGAUUACUAACUUUCAUGACAACUUGGUUUAUGCAUGAAUAUUGCAGUAUUUCCAUAUAGUAAAAUAACAUUUCUACCCAGGAUAAUAGUCACAGUUUUCCAGGGAGGGAAUGAUAUAAUUUUCAUGACAAUGUCAUGUGAUGAUAGAAUUUCUCCAUUGAUGAAUCUCUAGUAUGUGUGUAUACUUUAUUUACCCAUGCAUAUAUUUUAUGACUAUGAGCUAAGUUGUUAUUACUUUAAUUCGUGUCCCUGCGGAAAUACUGGUACUAGCAACCUAGAUUUGAAGUUGGCAACUAUAAUUUUCCUUAACAUUGAUGCCACAAGAGUGGCCAGGCUAGAGAGAAGGUGAAUAAGGAGCUGGGGCGGGAACCUCAUUCCGGAACUUGUCUGGCGUGAGCACAGGCAGCAUCCUGCAGACCACUGUGCUUGGGUGUGUGUGCACUUGGCUGCAAACACUGGGCCAGGCCUGGCAAGACUGUCACCGGCUGCCUAGUGUGCGUGCCCAGCCACACCUCCUGGACAUCGUGGUUGUGCAAACAUACCUAAGCGUUGGCAGAGCCCCGUUCUCUAGGAAGCUGGCCCUUGGCUUUGGAGAAGGGCCUGGAUUCUCACACUCUGCAUGUGUUGUGCUCUGUCCCCUUCUGGCUUGGAACGUGGAACAGGACAGCUCCCCUGCCUCUACCCCACCUAAAGUCACAACCCAAGCAGUGCAGGAAGACCACCCUUUUUUUGCCAGCGUUCAGUUUCCACCCAUGGACCCAGAAAGCAUGUAAGUGCUGGGGGUCCCCUAGCAGCCUCACACACAUUCCCGUCCUUCUAGGUUGUUCUCGACUAGGCCUCGUAGUCGUCAUUCUACAUAAGUAACUUCCAGCGUCCUUAGACUCGCUGUAUGUUCCCUGCCCUUUAGGAGCCCCUUGCCAGCGUAGCCGUCUCACUGACAGUUCAAGUUAACACCGUUUUGUUCGUUCAUAACAGCCUUUGUUCCACAUGCUAAUAAAUUUCUGACUGUUCCUAAAACAGUGGGGGUGCCUAUAUUUUCCUUGAGUUUUUGUGACCGACUUUGGCUAUGUACCUUUUUGGGAUUUUGUUUGUUUUUUUAUUUUGCAUACUGAGGGUAUUUAGGGUGGGAUUGUUUUUUGAGAUGUGUAAUUCUUUUACGGAGUUUUUAAAAAGAAUUUUCAUAUUGUUUUUCUAACAUGGCUUCAUUAAACGUUUAAGUAUUUUAAAAAUAUGUAAUAUUUGGACCAGAUGUUGUGAAUAAUAGUAGAGAUAAAGCUAUUUUAUUCUGUAUUUUUAAAACUGUUCCGUACAAAUAAAAGCUCUCCUGGCCGCA